AUGCCUGACGCUGCACCGACUGGAGAACGCGGAGGAUUCGGCCGUGGCGGCCGCGGCGGUCGUGGAGGCCGUGGAAGCCGCGGACGUGGCCGUGGCCGUGGCCGCGAAGAGUCCAAGGAGUGGGUCCCUGUGACGAAACUGGGCCGCCUCGUGAAAGAGGGCAAGAUCGGCUCGCUCGAGGAGAUUUACCUCUUCUCGCUGCCGAUCAAGGAGUGCGAGAUCGUCAACUACUUCCUCGAGUCGUCGCUCAAGGACGAAGUCAUGAAGAUUAUGCCCGUGCAGAAGCAGACGACGGCUGGACAGCGCACGCGCUUCAAGGCCUUUGUCGCGGUCGGCGACAGUAACGGCCACAUUGGACUCGGUGUCAAGUGUGCCAAGGAAGUCGCAACGGCUAUCCGUGGCGCUAUUAUCCUGGCCAAGAUCUCGCUCGUGCCAGUGCGUCGCGGCUACUGGGGCCGAAUGGUCGGGGCCCCGCACACGGUGCCGAACAAGGUCACGGGCAAGUGUGGCUCGGUCCGUGUGCGCCUCAUUCCUGCUCCCCGUGGUACGGGGCUGUGUGCUGCACCGGUGCCCAAGAAGUUGUUGGGCAUGGCGGGCAUUGAAGACUGCUACACGUCGGCCCGCGGCCACACGCGCACGAUGGGGAACUUUGUCAAGGCGACGUUCUACGCGCUGCGUGCGACGUACGCGUACUUGACGCCGGACCUGUGGGAGCAGCACUCGUUCGCGCCUUCGCCGUACCAAGAGCACACGGACUUUUUGGCCAAGACUGCGAUCAAGAAGUAG